UCUUACCAAUUUAGUUUUCACUGCCACCAGUAACAGUGCUCUGGCAGCGAUCUUUCGUAACGAAGCGUCCCAACGGAAAAAAAUAAAAAUACUAAUAAAAAUCAAUUAAGUGAAAUAUUAGCAAAAAUCUAAAACAAGUAUUUCUCAUAAUCCAUUGCAAAUUAAAUUAAUAAUAAAGAAAGAAAAAGGGGGUGGGCGUUUCGAGAGUCAAAUUUCAAAUUAAACAUAAAACUGCAUAUAACAACAUAUCAACCACAAUGCACGACGAACGUUUAAAGGAGUUCCUUAAACCAUUUGUACUUAGUGAUUCUCAAUUACAGGAAGUAUUUAAACGUUUCUGCAACGAAAUACGCAAGGGCUUGUCACAGGCCGAACACAAUCAAGCGGAUACAAAGUGUUAUGUGACAUAUGUUCAGAAUUUGCCCACAGGUGAUGAAGUGGGUAAAUAUUUAGCAUUAGAUUUGGGUGGCACAAAUUUUCGCGUUUUGCUUGUCACUUUAAAAGGACAUCAUGAGGCUGUUGUUGAAUCAAUGAUUUAUGCCAUUCCCAAGGAAAUAAUGUUGGGUCCAGGAGAACAACUAUUCGAUCAUAUUGCACAGUGUUUAUCCACAUUUGUGAAAGAGCAUAAAGUGGGCAAUGAACAUUUACCAUUAGGUUUCACAUUCUCUUUUCCGUGUGUUCAACUGGGUCUAACAAAAGCGCUUUUGGUGCGUUGGACUAAAGGAUUCAAAUGUUCGGGCGUAGAGCAAGAAGAUGUUGGUCGCUUACUAAAGGAAGCUAUUGCUCGCAGAGGAGACUGUGAGAUUCAUGUAAUGGCAAUUCUUAAUGAUACUACCGGCACACUAAUGUCUUGUGCUCAUCGUAAUCCUGAAUGUCGUAUUGGUGUCAUAGUUGGAACUGGUUGCAAUGCCUGCUAUGUGGAACGCGUUGAGGCUGUUGAUCUGUUAGAACCAGAGUAUAAAGAAACAAAUAAUAAUGUUUUAAUAAACACCGAGUGGGGUGCUUUUGGCGAUAGUGGUCUUUUGGAUUUCAUUCGUACAGAUUACGAUAAAAUAAUUGAUAAAAAAUCUCUAAAUGCUGGUACUCAGCUCUAUGAAAAAAUGAUUUCCGGCAUGUAUUUGGGCGAUCUAGUACGUUUAAUAUUAAUUGAUGCCAUUGGACAGAAUUUAAUAUUUGUAUUGUCACAAAAUAAACUGGAAUUUAUAAAGAAAUUAACCAAUGAAACUGAAUGUUUUGAAACCAGUAUGAUAUCGGACAUUGAAGCUGACACGUUUCCAGAAUGUAAGAAGACUCGUCAUAUAAUUAAGCAACUGUUUGGCAUUGAAAGACCCUCUGUAGAGGAUUGUCAAAAAUUGCGUUAUAUAUGCGAAUGUGUAUCACAACGUGCAGCCAAUUUAGUAGCAGUGGGCAUAAGUGGCUUAAUAAAUAGAAUCAAGGAACCCAAAGUGGUUGUAGGUAUUGAUGGUUCUGUGUAUAGAUUCCAUCCAAAAUUUGAUGCCUACAUGAGAUCUGCCAUUAAGAAAUUAAUCGAUCCAAAAAUACAAUUUGAUUUAAUGCUUUCUGAGGAUGGUUCGGGAAGAGGGGCAGCUCUGGUAGCUGCGGUAGCUAGUCAAAAUGCAUAAGUUGCUAUUUAUGCAUUAAAUUAGAAAUCACAAAUUUAUUAAUUUACUUGCAUAUUUUAAGGAAAAAUCUUUGUCUUAAUAAAUAUAAAAUUUACGUUGAAAAAUAAUAAA